UAGCCUGAACAACUCUGCUCUAACUACAUCACCUUCUCUGAAUUAAGCAAUAUGGCAACAUCGUUUCACCCAUCACCAAGCUGUGGCUGUUGCUUGGCCUUGGCAGUUGCAUUGUGCCUCUUGCUCCCAUGCUGCUUUGCAAGCAAAGAAGCCCUGGCAAUGUUCGAGAAGGCUUGCCAUUGCUUUGAUGAUCACAAUGUGUACCGCGAGUGCAAGGAGGAGAUGAGGCUGAGCGUGGAGGGGGCGUUCCACGUUGGGAAGGAGAGCGUGGACGACUACUGCGGGGGGCCGUGCCUGAUGGAGACGAAGAUGGCGCUGCAGUGCGUGGAGGAGGUCGCCGACGAGGGCUUCCGCUUCUACAGCGGCGCCUCCGUCCCGGCCGUCAAGGCGGCGCUCGACACCGGCUGCAGCUACACUCCCGAGAGAGGGACAUUUGAAAUCCGGGAGCGUAAGCAGUGCGGCGACGAGUACUACCACUACAGCCACCACGAGCAGGAGCAGCAACAGACCACCGGCUAUAACUACGGCGACUACGGUCACCACGGGCAGCCGGCUGCUGGGUAUGACGGCGGCCAGCAGGAGGGCGAGUACCCGACCAGCGUCCCUGAAGCUUCAGACUACUGCUACGGCGCCGCCGGCGUCAGCAGCCUAGGCCUCUGCUGUGGCCUGCUGCUGCAGAUGCUUCUGCUAUCCUCUGUCUCUAUGGUGUUGUUGCUUGUAAUAUGAAGAUACACAUUUCUCUAUGAUACAAUUUAAGUGAAUC